UGAGAGAAGAUAGAGAAAGAGUGAGUGAGAAAAAAAGUGUGCUAGAGACAGAAUCUAGACAGCGCGAGAAGAGAAGCACGUUUCAGAAGUUUAAGAGAAAGAAAGAGAGCUACUACACGAGCAGCGGGGGCAGAGAGGGGGGCUAUGAGGGGAGAAGGAUCAGCCAAUCUUCCUCCUCCUCUACUUCUUCUUAUUCCUCCUCGGGACGUUCGCCCCCGAGUUGACGUGAACUUUUUUUGCUUUGGCUGAAACUUUGGACUACAGAAGAAGCAGCCUGAGACGGCGAAAGAGAAGCCAAGAAGUUUCUUGUUUACGUGCUUGUUUGUUUACCCUUGAGUUGAGAGAGAGAGACAGAAAGAGAGAGAAAGAGAAGAAGAGAGAGAGAGAGACAUGGUGCAGAAAGAAGCGAGCAGCCCCGCUGAUUCGCUCUUCGAGUCCGGGACGAUGGAAGUGGACAUCAGCUCGUCUUCAUCAUCAUCAUCGCGCCUGGGUGAUCCGGGCUGGUGCAAGACGCCGAGCGGCCACAUCAAGCGACCCAUGAACGCCUUCAUGGUCUGGUCUCAGAUCGAGAGGCGCAAGAUCAUGGAGCGCGCGCCAGACAUGCACAACGCUGAGAUCUCCAAGCGGCUCGGCCGGCGCUGGAAGCAGCUGACGGACGCGGACAAAGUGCCGUUCAUCCGGGAAGCGGAGCGGCUCAGGCUCAAGCACAUGGCGGACUACCCUGACUACAAGUACCGGCCAAGGAAGAAGGCGAAGACGGGGGGCGGCGCCGGGGCUGCUGGAGCAACCAGCGGGGGCAAAACGGGCGCCAACAAGUCCUCCAAGAAGAGCGCAAGCACCAAGGCUCAGAAAGUCGUGGACGACCAGCAGCAGCACGCGUCGCUUUACAAGUGCAAGCCCGCCUCCAAGAAGUCGAGACGCGUGCACACCCUCGGGGGGGUGAACGGGGGCACCAGCGGUGGCAUUGGGAGCUCGUGCACGGCGGCCGUGCCAGCCAGCCCGACCCUUAGCACGGCGGCUGAGUGCGCGGACCCCCUCAGCCUGUAUGAGGACGGGGGCGCGCGGGAGAGAGCGGAGUCUCCCGGUGUUGGGGGGAAGAGCGCGAGGAGCGCGCACGUGUACGGCUACGGCUUCGGGGGGCGUUCUUCUCCCACCCCGUUUUCGUCCACCGCUUCCUCGCGCUCGUGCUCCACGUCGUCCAUGUCGUCGUCGUCGGACGAGGAGCUGGAAGACGACCUGGUGGACACGAGUACGAGCGGGAGCCCGGGCUUCGACAGCGUGUCGCUGGGCAGCAUGGGCAGCAGCUCCGCGGCGGCGCUGGACAGAGACGCCGAGCUGAGCGCGUGUGAGUCCGGCUCGCACUUCGACUUCCCGGACUACUGCACGCCCGAGGUGAGCGAGAUGAUCUCCGGGGACUGGCUCGAGUCCACCAUCUCCAACCUCGUGUUCACGUACUGAGAGCGGCGAGGAGGGAGAAAGAUAAACAACAGCAGCAACAGCAGCAGCACUAACGCGGUCUCGCGAGACCAGCAGAAGUUUGCUUUCAGAAGAAGGGCAGGCUGCGAGGCUGUGACUGGCUUCUUAUUCGCCAGCUUCUCGUUCGAAUUUUGCGCUCCACCUUAAAUUUAAGGUGGAACGGAAAACUGGAAGAAGAAGUCAGGUUCAGCUUGAAGGACUUGAGUUGUUUCGGAAGAGCUUAUUGAGAAGAACGAGAAAAGAAUAAUAAUAAUGAUAGUGAACUCUUGUGAACUGGAAAACUGUGAUUGAUUUGCACGCACGUGAAGGGCAGGCGUUUGGUCCGCCAGUUUUUUUAAAUCAAAUUUUUAACUUAAGAACAUUUAAAAAAAACAAAAAAAAAAAAAACAAAACAAAGGGACUUUUGAGGACAUUUGCAGCAAAUCGCCAUGUGAACUUUCUUUGCUUAAGAGGUACAGACAUUUUGUUCGUUCUGGUGGAUUUAUGAGCGAGGUGAGUUGAUUAAAGAAUGGACGUUUUUUGAGAAAAAAGAAAAAAAAGAAAGAAAAGAAACGCAUGUAAACUGUCCUCUCUUGUAUUGAGAUUUUUUGUAAGACUGUGGACCAGUUGAACUAGCAGUAGGGUUAUUUAAGUGGGUAGGUGGCGCUAUGUUUGAUUCCUACUUAAAGGAAAAAAGUGAAAAAAAGGAAAGAAAAAAAUCACCAGCUGUUUUCAUGCUUAAACUUCAGGAUUCAAACACAAACUCAAAUCUGUGCUGAACUUUAUACUCUUACUGAUUCAGGACCAAAAUCUUCCUGUCUUUCUUCUUCUUUUUUCCAGAUGUUAUACAUGUUGAGAAAAGUGCUCUCGAUUUGUCAGCAUUGUGUUUCUUUUCUACGUGUGUGUUCAGAUGCCAUUUUUUAUAUGGAUGUAUUUAUAUAGUACUGGCUGAUGUUUUCUUUUCUUUUUUCCCUUUUCUUUCUUUUUUUCCACUUUUUUAUCUCGUCCCACACUCACAACGUCUGUCUCCUUCUCCGAAGAAGGG